UCCUCAUUGGACGGUUAACUUCCGGGUCGUAAUCCCCGCAGUUGCUAGCCCAUGAUGUAUUUUUUGUAGCCGAUAAUUCCUACUUUUAUCCAUUUUUUAAUCUACCUUGGAGCCGAAUGUGGGCUUAUUCGGGAAGAAAUAUGUGAAAAUAAAGGAGGAGGAAGGUUGAAGCUCCCGUGCUUUUCUUCCACUUCGACUCAAUGUUUGUAAACAUGGAAACAAAAAGAGCUGAUAUCCCGACUGGUUUACUGGACGACCUCUGCAGUCGGUUCAUCCUGCACAUUCCCAGCGAGGAAAGGGACAACGCUAUCAGGGUUUGCUUCCAGAUUGAGCUGGCACACUGGUUUUACCUGGACUUCUGCUUGCCCAACACACCAAACGCUCCUCACUGUGGCAUCAGAGACUUCGCCAAAGCUGUUUUCCAGCAUUGUCCAUUCCUGUUGCCCCACGGAGAGGACGUGCAGAAAGUCCUGGAACAGUGGAAGGAGUACAAGAUGGGUGUUCCUACUUACGGAGCAAUCAUUCUUGAUGAGUCAUUAGAAAAUGCACUCCUUGUUCAGGGAUACCUUGCAAAGUCAGGCUGGGGGUUUCCCAAAGGGAAAGUGAACGAAGACGAAGCACCACAUGAUUGUGCUGUUCGUGAAGUGUUGGAGGAGACAAGCUUUGACAUCAAGAAUCGUAUUUGCAAAGAUAUGUACAUUGAGCAGAAAAUUACUGACCAGGUGGUGCGGCUCUACAUCAUCCCAGGAGUAUCCAAGGAUACAAAGUUCAACCCUAAAACUAGAAAGGAAAUUCGGAACAUUGAAUGGUUCCCGAUUGAGAAGCUGCCAUGUCACAGGAACGACAUGACCCCAAAGUCCAAACUUGGACUUGCCCCCAAUAGAUUUUUUAUGGCCAUUCCAUUCAUAAGGCCAUUAAAGGAAUGGAUUGCUAGGUUGAAAGGUGAGAGUCCAGACAGUGAAGAAGACUUGGCAACAAAUGGCAGCACUCCAGGAAAGCCAUCAGACAAUGUGGGAUCAAAAUUUGGGCACCUCACUGUUGAAGUAUUUACUGGAGACAGCUGCUGCAAACAGAAGCAGCAGAAGAACCCAAAUCAGCUGAUCCACUAUGAACUGAACCAGAAUCAAUACUUAAAAGGCAUUGGGAAGAAUUCAUCUUAUCCAAAGAAAGGAAACGAUGAAAGUGGAUUUAACAACCAGCACGUCAAACUAUUUGCAAAGGAAGAAAAACGGCUUCAUCCCAGAAGACUGCAAGACAGUUUUGAGAAAGACGGGAGUCCAUGCAAUUCUCGUAGUGGUCCGCAAACAGCCCACCUAAAAGACUUGGAUCACCUGCUGUCGUCCAACACGUUCCUUCAUUUUAAAUUUGACAAAGAUGCCAUCAUGAGAUGUUUUGACUUCUGACGUUCUACCGUUACUGCAGUGUGUUCUCUCACAACACCCCACUUUUUCCUCCUCACCACCUUUCCAUGAAGUUUAAAUUGCAGUCAGGCCUCACUGCACCUGUUGUGUCAAACUUUUCACAACACCGAGAGCCUCGAGUUCAAUGUUCCUUUGUGAAAGGGAAAUGACGAUUGAUGAAAUGUGUGCUUCUUUCUCUUCACACACCAUGGAUGAUUAGAUAGAACAAAGUAGCUACCACUUCAUUGGCAAAUACCAGAAGAUCUUGUCCACUAAUGUACAAUGAAUUGAUUUUAUUCAUGAAAGUAUUAAGAUAAUUGAUGUUGAUAGUAAUCAUUAAUAUUAUAAUAAUAGGUAAUGCAAUUAUUGUUAUGGUAGCAUGUAUUACAUUACUACAGUCAUACAUGUUAAAAUAAUAAUGCAAUAAAAAUGUAAUAUUUUUUACUAUGGACACAGUAAUUACGCUUAGUUAUACCCACUUUUGUACUUUUAUAGAUAAAUGACAAUCCAUCCAUCUGUGUCUUUCAUUGCACUUGUCCUUAUUAUAGGUGAGCUGGAACCUAUUCUGGCUGACUGGGUGAGAGUUGGGGGACACCCUGGAGUGGUCACCAGUCUUAUCACAGGACACAUAUAGAAUGGAAAAUAAAUAUUUUAUCCUCUGGUGAUUUAAUAGGUUUGCACCCAUACAAAGAUAUGAACAGUAACUUUGGUUUUUAAUUUCCCUCCCUUUUCCAGUGUUAUCCAAAUCCUAGUUUUGAGGCUGUUGCUUGGCAAGACAAAGUUUUUGAUUUUUUAAACCUUCUAUAUCUCUGUGUUAAAGCAUAUAUAUUGGCCAUAUCUUUUUAAGGACAAACUUGUUAAAACAAAUACUUACUGUCCCCACUAAUCGGCCCUCCUUUUUACGACAUUGUUUUAUUUAACAGUGUUACAUUUCAUGCUACGGCAUUUUAAGCUUAGAGUGCUCUCCAGUAAAUCAUUAUUAGUGUACAAAAAGAAGUACAUACACGCUGUGGAAAAAUACUAGUGCUUGGAAUUUCUGUAUAAUUUCUGCUAUGAGACCUAAAGUGCUAAUAUUACGCUCACAUUUUAAGAGCAUGCUACGUUAGCCUCUUCCUGAAGACAAAGAAAAUUUUGAAACAUACAAGUCUGAGCUGACUGAGCUUUGUUUUAAAGGAGUACUGCACUGUGGAAGUCGCUUCCUAGGGUCCCACUGUCAGACACGGCACAGGAGCCCAGCGUGCAGGUUUUAACAAAAGUUAUAAUAAUCAAUGGUUUCAACAAAGUUCUCUCUCAGCAGGACGAGACUUUCCAGUCACGUCCGUAUCCUCUCUCUCACUCUGCUCCUGGCCGCUUACUGUUAAAGACCACAGAUGAUUAGAUUAACACGUAUCACCUGUGAAAUCUAAUCACCUGCCAGCUGUGUCUCGCCGUCAGCACUGCCACGCCCCCGUCUGAUGGUGCUCUGUCCUCAGCACCAUGGACAGAGGCGGUGACCUUUGCUCCUGCAGGCAGCGCUGACAUCUGCCUCCACAUGCACUUUUUCACAAUCAUUAUGAAAGACAUGACAAGCGGUAGAAAAUGGAUGGAUGGAUGACCACGGAGGUAUAUUUUGUAAUGCAU